AUGCACCAAGACCCGCAACAGGAACCCAAACCCGCACGCAAGCGAAUCAUCAUCUGCUGCGACGGCACCUGGCAGUCAGCGGUAGAUGGCCACGAAAGCAUCCCCUCGAACGUGACACGGCUCUGCCGCGCCAUCGCCAGCGUGGGGAUCGACGCGCAGGACCACCAGCCCUGGCAGCAGAUCAUCUGGUACGACCCUGGAGUGGGCACCAACACCACCGCGGCCGGGCAAAUCCGCAACUUCGUCGAGGGCGCCCUGGGCAAGGGCCUCGAGGGCAACAUCGUCGAGACCUACCACUUCUGCGCCCUGAACUGGAACCCGAGCGACCAGAUCCUGUGCUUUGGCUUCUCGCGCGGCGCGUACACCGCGCGCGCCAUCGCCGGCCUGAUUUCUGACAUAGGCAUCUGCCCGCAGCAUCAGAUCGCCAACUUCCCGCAGCUGCAGCGGCGUCGGAGGCCGUCGCAGCUGCAGGCGGGAUCCUCCCUUGCGGGGGAAGAGGAAGAAGAUACGACCUGGGAAGAGUCGUCCACUGAGUGGGCGUCCACGCCGGAAUCGCGCGAGGUGCAAGUGGUUGGAGUCUUUGAUACCGUGGGAAAUCUUGGAUUUCCGGAGCUGUUCGGCCACGAGCUUCCCGCGUGGCUCACCUGGACCGAUAAGCCUGAAUGGCACAAUGCAGCCGAGAAACGGCGCGAUGCAGCGGCACGAGAUCUGCUGGAAUGGGAGGACAGCCAGAAAGAGCCGUCCAGGCUGACGCAGGCGUGGUUUCCAGGGUUUCACAUCCAUAUCUGGGGAGAAUCCAGCCAGACUCUUAAGAACAAGAGCAAUUUUGAAGAAAUGUCAAACAUAGUAGUCGCCUGGAUGUUAGACCAGAUCAAGGAGUACGUCUCCCUCGAUCGGGAGCUCAUUGAGCGGGAAGCAGAGAGCCGACAGAACCGUCUGCGGAAGAUUAACGAGGUGCUGGAGGCAUACAAAAAGAACGACGAUGGCAAUCGGAAUCAUGGGCUCAGUGGUUGUGGCGCAAUGGACAAUGGCUUCGACAUCACUCACCGCCUGAAUGGCUCCUUGGCGCGGACGCCGCGUCGCUACCUGCGAGAUCCGAGCACCAAAGCCAUUAUCGGUCACACCUGCGAGCAGAUUCAUCCGACCGUGGGAUAUUGGCUGAAGCAUGUACCGGGCUAUCGCCCAGCAGGGCUUAAUGAGAGCCAGUGUGUACGUCGGCUCAGGACUGAUGGCUUAGGUUAUGAGUACCGCUUCAGAUGCCCCGGGGAGAGAGAGAAAGAGAUAUUGCCCGAGUGGAAGAUGGAAAGCGACGACGUCGCCUGGGAACAGUGGGCCAUUCAAGGUAAAGAGGCGUUGGCAUAUGUGAACGGCCUAGAAUGCCGAUCAGAGAGACGCGUGAAGCGAUAACCUAUUUUGUCUACCGUGGUUUUCAUGCUAAGGGAAUGGAUCGGCGAUAUAUUCUGAGUACUCACUGCAAUAUGUAAUGGGGUCAAGCCCACAUCCUAUAUCAAACAUCCCCGUCGGCUAUGCAUUACUUGUAUCGAGGAAAGGCAAUUCUUGGGGCGCCGCGAUCCCUUGCCUCGGUUCAUUCUCUAUUGCCACGCUUGGGAGAAGGGGCAUACGUGCCAGCUAUAUCUCAAAUGCUCUAGUUAAACACUCCGGUUGAGUUUAGUAUGACUGUUGCCUGAUCAAGAUGAUCGCCCUCUUUCCUAAAGGUGUAAUCACUCGAGUUCACUUUCCCCUGCCGGAGGUAAGGCGGUGCUUACUUUUGACUCACCCAGACAG